UGCAUCCUCCCGGAAGUAGUGCUUAGAAAAAUUCCCAAUAAUUUAUUUACUUGAAAUCAUGUUUAAUCGCAUUAAAUGUGCAUCAAACCUUGCAAAACAAAAGUGUAUGCAACAUGAGAAUAUAGAAACUGGAUUGCCAUGGGUUGUGAGUCAAUCGAUACGACAUAGAAUGUGGAGAACUGCACCUAAAAAUAAAAGCAAGAUAUUUUAUGUGCCAGAACCAAAGCAUGAAGAUCCAGAGGAGCAUGAAGAACUCAAAGCCAGAUACAGGGUGUAUAGAGCAACAAUGAAAGCAAUUCGGUCUAAAUUCUACAAGGAUAACCAGGUAUUUAUGGAGACUAUGACUGCAGGCAAAUCUGAUGAAGAUAUUGCUACAGAGGAUAGAGAACAUAUUGAAAACCUGGAGAUAAAUGACAAAUGGAAUCAAGCAAUAGCACUUGAAAGAAAAGCAUUUGAGGAACAAAGGAGAUUAAAGGAAGAAAGAAAAAAAUUGCUGUAUCUUUAUAAUGAGGAGAAAAAGAGGCUAAAGCGACAGCAGCGAGCUGAGGAGAUUGUUCAGAGAGAAAUGGAAGCCUCCAAGACAUUUAUCACAAAAGAAAAUCUUGAUAGUGUGAUAGAGCAGGCCCUUAACAGUAAACAAGACUAUAACUUUGCCAUUGAUCCCCAAGGCCAGAGAAUAGGCCAGGGCUCAGAAAUGGAAGGCGAAAAUAAAGGAAAACCACAUAGCUUGAAAGACCUGGAGGAUUUCGAUAGAAACAAACAAGAAUGGGAAAAGGACUUUGCCCAUGCUCCAAGGAAGUUAUAA